AUGGAUAUCCCUUUUGAAAGUUUUGUCAAACUGGUAUAUCAUCUAGGCAGUCCACCUAAGUCUGCUGCCGUUGGUACCAAAGAAACCAAGACGUCCUCGUUAGCGCCCUCAAAGAUAUUUCAAUCAUGGCUCAACCACCUUCCCAAACACCUGCCUCAAGUAGUUGGUAAACAUGUCUUCCGACUGUUAUUCCCUCAUGAGGGAUCGCGUAGGAGGUACGGACUGAAGGAGAGCAAGCUGGCUUUGGAGCUGGAAAGGAUAUUGGGUCUGAGGGGUCUGUCGAAAUGGGAUAGGGUAUGUUGGGAUUAUGGAGAAAGUGGGACGGGAUGUUUAGGCAAGGAAGUUGAACUUCUCAUGAGAGAUAGGUCCAUGACAGAGCGUACAUCGACGGUAUCAAUUCGCGAUGUCGAUGCAUUACUUGAUGAGUUGGCUUCCUCAUCUACCUUCUCUCAACUCUCCCAAGACCAAAAUCAAAUCCACUCAAGACCAGCAAGACGCCGAUCGCCUCAGGAAAUAUUGAUAUUGUUAUAUCGAGAUUCCAAUCUCACUCCAUACGCUUUAUCAGUCCUUACACAAAUCAUCUUAAGGGACUUACGACCUCUCUUAAACCCUUUACCUAAACUGUCGGUCAGAAAUCCCACUACAAUGUUACGCAUGAAAUCCAAUACCGGCCCCGAACAACUCAGUUUGAAAGACGCCCUAUGCGUCUGGGAUAAAAGGCUGUGGGGAUUUUAUAAUGGAGGAAUAGGUAAUUCGGAUAGAUGUUUUGAUAAGUUGGAUAAACUGGAGAAUGAACAUGAUAAGAUCGUCAUGACAGGGCCAGUCCUGGGUAUCAAUGUUAAGAUACCGAAAUGUCGAAAAGGUCGUUCGAUCCCAGAUGCUCUCAGUGAAUUUACGGGUACCAGAUACGCUCUGCCUGUAGAUGAAGUAUGGGCAGAAACGAAAUACGACGGAUAUAGGAUGCAAAUUCACGUUGAUUGCUCGGGUGAUGAACCGACAAUCACAGUGUUCAGUAAAUCUAUUAGGGAUAGUACGGAUGAUAGGUCGAAUACGCAUUCAAUCAUCUUAGCUUCCCUGGACUUACCUAUACCAUCUCAUCUUCCUAUCCAUCCCUCCUUACUCAAACGGUUAUCGAUGCUUCCUGAAACAGGUGCUCGAAGGGGUAGGGGUAUUACCUCGGUGAUUGUAGAAGCGGAAGUGGUCCCAUAUAACGAAGCCUCACGAGAAGGUGGUAGAGGUCCCGGUAUAGAGGAGUUCUGGUGGCUCGGUAAUGCCGGUGUCACAGCGUCGGCCAUGUCAUUUGUCAGGCCACAACAGAAUAGACAUCUCUGCCUGGUAUUUUUCGAUAUCCUAUACCUGGAUGGACAAAGUCUCUUACACAAACGAUAUGAAGAUAGAAGAGCAUUAUUGGAAACGGUGAUCAGACCUAUUCAAGGCUUCUCUCAACUGGCGGAAAGGACGAGAAUACGAUUAAGUGUAAACAGACAAUCGGCCCUUCAGGCAUUGGAAGAAGCUUUCCAGCGUAGCAACGAACGUUGUGAAGAGGGACUAGUGCUCAAAGCUUCCAACUCGACUUACGCGAAUAUGAAAUGGCAAUGGGUGAAACUCAAGAAAGACUACAUCCCGAACCUGGGAGAUUGUAUAGAUCUGGUUCUGCUGGGCGCAGGGUGGGAUAUCGACCGAGCGAGAGAGUUAAGGGUUGACACAUCAGUAUUUACCACAUUCUACCUUGGCGUCCUGACCAACCCUACUCGAAUCACUUCGCAUAGAGAACUUCCUCAUUUCGAGAUCCUAUUCAGAGUGUCUUACGGACCUGAUCGCACACAGUUGGAAUACUACAAUGAGUGUUUGAGACAUGGUAGAUGGGGUAGUAAACCUUUUGAUAAGGAUGAUCCUUUUAAAAGAAGAUUGAUCGGAUUAUCUUGGACAUAUACCUUACAAAAAGGGAUGAUGCCCCCUUCGGUUAUGUUUGAGAGACCAUUAUGUGCCGAAGUUAUGGGUGCAGGGUUUCAGAAAUUACCUGGAUCGCAUUACUACGAACUUCGUUGGCCAAGAUUACAGAAAAUAUACGAACCUUCAGAAAGGCAAUGGAUAGAUGCACUAUCCGCUCAGGAUCUCAUCAAAUCAGCUCAUCGAUCCCUAGGAUAUCACAUCUCUUCCACCACCUCACCAUACUCGCCACCUUCAGCUGAAGAUUCUAUACGGACAUUAUGGAGAUCCCACUCAACGAUAGAUCUCAUCGAUAUACCUCUAUUGGUCUCCCCGAAAUCUCCUAAAUCACCUAAAAGGGUAAAAUCAGAACCCAACCUGAACUGCUCGCUCAGGGAUACGAAUCCUUCUCCUAUAGCUAAAGAGAGCGGAAGGAAGUUGAUGGCUGUUUUGAGUGGUCGGGAAGAUUUAUCAGAAAAAGAUGAACCUCUUAUACAUCCGUAUUCACGCCCGCAAACUGCCAUCUCGCCUCGAAAUAAGAUGCCAGUGGAAAUCUCUCGACCUACCACACCGCCAGCCAAAAGCUCUAUCAUUCUUGGACCACCGCUACCUCUCAGCACACCACGUAGAUUACCCCAGAGGAAGGCUAUACCGCCCAUUUCGCCUGCUAAAAGGUUGAUAUCAUCUAUCGACUGGUCAAGCAUCGACACAAAUCAUCAGAGUACACCCAAAAAGGCCAAGACGACGAUUUCUGGGAAGGAGCAAGCGAUCAAGAAAUGGGAGAAGAAUAUUGGUGUAAGACCGCUCUCUUUGAGAUCGAGGUUGAAGUUGGCUUUUAAAAGGGUUGGCGUGAAGUCUUAA